GGGAGAUUUCAAAAAGGGCCGCCUUCCCACCAAUUUACCAACAACGCCGCGCUGGGGCCUUUUUCUCGCACGCAUUCAACGCGUUUCUUUUCUUUUAGUUUAAAAAAAAAAACAAAAAAAACGCUCUGACAGAUGAGCGGCGUCGCGUGCCACGAGAGCCUCUUCUAGGGUUUGAAUACCCGACGCCCUUUCUUCUCUCCCUCUCUCCGACCCGCUCCUCUUCCUGCAUUCCCAUUACAGAGCUAUACUCUCACAACCCGGAUCCGAUAUGGCAUCCAGGCCCCCACUUUGUGCUCCGACAAGCAGAUCUGAGCCGUCUAAGGACAUUCAGAUGACUGGAGUGCAUGAAGCAAGUCAAUUAUGUAGGGACAUUUCAUCAGUUAUUGAUUCUCUAAAGAAACAAUUUUCUGCUGAUCGUUGCAUUCUUAUAAAGAAAAAAAUUGAAGAAAACAAACAAAAGCUCCAUAGUAUCACAAACCAUGCUUACAAUCAGUCAGAGGUAAGAAGAAGCACUGCAGGCAGCAAUAAUGAUACAACAACUGAUCUGUUGACAAAAAGGCAAGAAGAUGCACUUUGUAUGCUAAAUGGUCUUGAUUUAAGUAAUGGAGAAAAGGAUAACUGUAGCAGCCAAGAAGACAGUCUGCAGUCCUCAUCAACAGUUCUUUUAGGGAGCAGUUUUGGAGGAAAGAAUAUUGUUCGUCCAAUCAAGCUCCAAGAAGUGCAAAAAUUGCCUCCUUAUACUACAUGGAUCUUUUUGGAUAGAAAUCAAAGAAUGACAGAGGAUCAGUCUGUUGUUGGCCGAAGGAGAAUUUAUUAUGAUCAAACUGGUGGGGAGGCUCUAAUUUGCAGUGACAGUGAAGAGGAAGUUGUCGAGGAUGAAGAAGAAAAGAAAGAAUUUGGGGAUUGUGAAGAUUAUAUUCUUCGAAUGGCCAUCCAAGAAGUUGGUUCGUCUGAUACUGUGCUUGAUUCACUGGGGCUAUAUUUUUCCAGAAGACCUUGCGAAAUCAAGGCAAGAUAUGAAAGUCUUACGAGGGAGAAAACUCCACGAUGCAUUAAGAAGGGGGGUUUUGAAGCUGAUAUGCAAAUUGGAGAUGGAUUUGUCGAUAAAGAUCUGGAUGCAGCUCUGGAUUCAUUUGAUAAUCUAUUCUGUCGGAGAUGUCUUGUAUUUGAUUGCAGAUUACAUGGAUGCUCUCAAGAUCUUGUUUUUCCAGCAGAGAAACAACUUCCAUGGAGCCAUUCGGAUGAGGAAAAGGGCAUACCAUGUGGCAUCCAUUGCUAUCGCCUGGCCUUGAAGUCAGAAAGUGUUACUGCAGCCAGCUCUACUGUGCCCGAUGAUUUUGAACGUAAACUAAUCAUUUCAUCUGGUAGUGCUGGGGGUCAGCCAUCGCCAAGAAAGAAGGCUACUGGUUCUACUGCUGGAAGGAGAACAAAGUCUCAUCAGAGCGAAAGCGCUUCUUCAAAUGCGAGAGUUAUGUCUGAAAGCAGCGAGUCGGAAAUAAGGCCUCGGCAGGACAAUGCUUCCAUUCAUCACUCUUCAUCUCCCUCAAAAGUUAAGUUCGCUGGCAAAUGUGGAGUUCUCAAAAGAAACAACAAAAGAGUAGCUGAGCGAGUUCUUGUUUGCAUACGCAAGCGACAGAAGAAAAUGGUGGCUUCUGACUCUGAUUCUAUGAGUGGAUGUAUUUGGCCUAGAGAUAUGAAACUUAGAUCUAACUCACGCAAGGGAAGUAAAGAUGCUAGUUCUUCAGAGAGAAAAGUCAUGAAAUCUCCAAUUGCUAGAAAAUCUCGAAGGAAGGAAUUGCAACUCCAGGAUAAUCACAGUUCAGUAUUCGUUGAAGUUCAUAAUGAACCACUUAAUGAGGUGACAAAGGAUUCACCUGUUAAAGGUUAUGAUGAAACCUACAGAAAAGAAGAGUUUGUUGAUGAAAACAUCUGUAAACAUGAUCACAGUGGUGAUAAAUCAUGGAAAACUAUUGAGAAGGGCCUCUUUGCUAAAGGGGUUGAGAUCUUUGGAAGGAAUAGUUGUCUAAUAGCUAGAAACCUUUUGAAUGGUUUGAGGACAUGCGCAGAGGUUUCUCAGUACAUGAAUGGCACUGAAAAUAAGCUUUCAUACAGAGCUGGUGAUGGUUCAAAUUCUCUGGUAGAAGGAAGUUCCAAGGUUGAUUAUAAUGAUAUUAUGGGCAAUGAACUAAGAACACGAUCAAGGUUCUUACGGAGGAGGGGCAGAGUACGUCGUUUGAAAUAUACUUGGAAGUCUGCUGGUUAUCAUUCGAUUAGGAAGCGGAUUACAGAAAGGAAGGAUCAACCUUGCAGGCAGUAUACACCUUGUAGUUGUCAAACUGCUUGUGGGAAGCAAUGUACUUGCCUUCUAAAUGGGACCUGCUGUGAGAAAUAUUGUGGGUGUCCUAAGAGUUGCAAGAAUCGAUUCAGAGGCUGUCACUGUGCUAAGAGUCAAUGUCGAAGUCGGCAGUGCCCAUGCUUUGCAGCUGACAGAGAAUGUGAUCCUGAUGUUUGUAGGAAUUGCUGGGUUGGUUGUGGUGAUGGUUCUCUUGGAGGCCCUUCCCAAAGAGGUGAUAAUUAUGAAUGUAGGAAUAUGAAGCUUCUCCUCAAACAGCAACAAAGGGUCUUGCUUGGAAGAUCUGAUGUGUCUGGAUGGGGAGCUUUCUUAAAGAAUAGUGUAAGCAAGCAUGAAUACUUGGGGGAAUAUACUGGAGAAUUGAUCUCGCAUCGAGAAGCUGAUAAGCGUGGAAAGAUCUAUGACCGUGAAAAUUCAUCUUUUCUCUUCAACUUGAAUGAUCAGUUUGUUCUCGAUGCGUAUCGGAAGGGUGACAAGCUGAAGUUUGCCAAUCACUCACCUGAUCCCAAUUGCUAUGCUAAGGUGAUGAUGGUAGCGGGGGACCACAGAGUAGGUAUUUUUGCAAAGGAAAGGAUAAACGCAGGAGAGGAGCUCUUUUAUGAUUACCGUUAUGAACCAGACAGAGCACCUGCCUGGGCGCGCAAGCCAGAAGCUUCCGGCUCUAAAAAGGAUGAUACGCUCCCUUCCAGUGGCCGUGCGAAGAAGCUCGCUUGAGUCCAACUGUCUUUGUUUUAUUUUUUAUUUUUCUCAUUUUGCGCUGAAUCAAGCACAUUCAUUCUUGUCAUUCAUUCACAGCAGCAAGUGCAUCUUAAUUCAGUUGGAAGUUGGGGUAGGAUUACUCUAAAAUCAAUUGGGCCUUUGUGCAUGAUGAAAAAGAAAGAAAGAAAGAAAGAAAAAAACUAUAAUUACUGUGCUCU